AUGGCACCAGUCCUGUUCCCCAGCGACGCCCGUCCCCUCAUCAUCAGCGGACCCUCAGGCGUCGGCAAAGGCACGCUCUACAAGCUGCUCCUCUCGCGCCACCCCUCCGUCUUCUGCACCUCCAUCUCGCACACGACGCGGCAGCCGCGCCCCGGCGAGACGCGCGACGUGGACUACUAUUUCGUGUCCAUGGAGGAGUUCGAGAAGAUGAUUGCCGAGGGCGGGUUUGUCGAGCAUGCCCGGUUUGGGGGGAAUCGGUAUGGGACGAGCCGGGAGAUGAUUCGCGCGGUGGAGAGCCGGGGGAGGGUUGUGGUGUUGGAUAUUGAGAUGGAGGGCCUCAAACAAAUCAAAUCCUCCCCCCUCUCCUCCAACUUCCGCUACAUCUUCAUCGCCCCGCCCUCCUUCGCCGCGCUAGAAUCCCGCCUCCGCGCCCGCGCCACAGAAUCCGAGGACGCCAUCCAGAAGCGCCUCGCCCAGGCCCACAACGAGAUUGAGUAUUCCAAGACCCCGGGAGUGCACGAUGUCGUUAUCGUCAACGAUGACCUGGAGGUGGCCUAUCGGGAGCUGGAGGAGUUUGUGUUUGCGAAGGGCGAUGUGAAGAAGACGCAGGAGCAGGAGGCGGGUGAUGAGAGCAAGGCUGGGGUGAGCGUGCUGGAUUAA